AUGCCACCAGGAAGAGGGCUGCUCAGCUGUAGUGCUCCACUGUAACACAAGUGCUCCACUGUAACAGGUGUUUGGCACCAAUACAGUAGCUCAUUGGUCGAAAACAGUUUGCAAGAUGAGGAGAAUAGCCAUUUCAGGUGUCGCCUUCGCUAACAGAUACGGUGCUGUUGGAAGCGUGUUUGGUCAGGGUAUAAUGCCAAGGACUUUGAUGCAGUUAGCUCCAGGCUGUGGGACCCAAAUAUCUGAGAAUACAUCUUUUCCAUCACUCAGAACCCGAUUACCGCAGAUUGUCCUACCGUCAAGAUCCCUCAACACAACCACCUUACCCGAGUCACAGGUAUCAAGUGAUUUGCAAGCAGAAGAAGCAGACAAACUGUACAGCUUGGUAGAAGUUGAGUGUCGGAGCCAUGAACCUGCUGUACUGCGCUCAUACCAAACAUUUGUGUCUGCGACUGCUGCCCAUCUAGAGAUUUCUGUCCAAGACAUUUUAUGGCCCAAGAAACAAAUCUAUCGAUGGACCCUACUUAAAUCAGUGCAUGUUCAUAAGCAUCAUCGUGUGCAGUAUGAAGUGAGGACACACUUUCUGAUAAUGAAGUUUGCAAGGCUAACAGGGUCCACAGCAGAUACGUUUCUUGAGUACAUACAGAGAAACCUGCCAGAAGGAGUAUCCAUGAAAGUCACAACACACGAGCUACAGAAACUUCCAGAACAUGUCAAGCCAUCAUCAGAAGUGAUAGUUUAAUUCCAAGAGUUCACCAGGGAAUUGAUUAUAUUGUAGUGUCUGUGGCAAAUGCUCUUAGAAAAUUAUUUUGUACAUUUUGCAUGGUAGUUGAAAGCCUAUUAAAAAUCUAAGAUUUGAUUUAAUUAAGAAUUCAGUGUAUUUUGUAAUUGCCAAUAAUUACAGGUAUUUAAUCUAACAAGUAUAAAGAGUGUAAUAUAACCUGUGAAUAAUAAUUUUACACCUAAGUUGUCUGUCAUGUUUCAGUUCAUUCAUGUGAUGUGAUUCAGUACUGAAAUGAGUAAUAAAGAUUCAUACAUGUACAGUAUUACAUUUGAAAGACUAUUUCAGAAUUUUAAUUUUCAGUAUUUUAUUUUAUUUUAACGUGGUACAAAACUAACUUGUACCGUCGUUGUUGGUGACUUGUGGUUGUACCGAGCCCAGUGUACAGUUAACUUUAAUGUAGAUAUCAUACACCACAUUAAAUAACACCUCAAAGUUUAUACAAAGUUUUAGUGAUUCCUUUCAUAGAGAGUAAGCUUAACAUUAGGCAGGUAUCCUGACAUUUACCUUAUUAGUGAAUUGUGUUUUUCCACUUCCACAAACUUGACUGUACAGUAAUACAUGUUUUAACUUCUUAACGUUAUGUGUUAAAUUAUGAACAUUGACAAAUUUUCAUCCUGUAGAUAUAUUUUUAUUAAAAUGUUUGUCUAGCAUUACAGUAUACAGUAUUGGUGUUUCAUAGGAUAUGCUACAGCUCUCACUUUUUAAUGAUACAUUUACACACAGCUUGGUACAUUUUCAGCCCUUUUAAGCAAUGGCUUUAUGUAACCAUUAAUGUAUGUGAAAUUUAAUAAAAAGGACUUGAAAGUGAAUUAAA